AUGAUAUUAACUAUUUAUUCAGCAUUUGAUAAUAUAGUAAAGUUAAUUAUUAAUAAAUCAAAUAACCUCAUUCUUUUGCUAAUAUUAGCUCUCUCUAUUGAUAUGAAUUUAGAUUUUAAAUGUUCAGAACAUCAAAGAUCAUUCGAGAAUAUAUGUUUUAAAUGUAAUCUGUUGUUAUGUUCAAGAUAUAAUAAUAAUAGUUUCAUUAACAAUAGAAUCAAAGAUAUAUGGACAACAAUCAAAUCAUCAUCAACACACUAUCAGAAAUUAUCAAAAACAGAGAAUGAUAUUUCACGAUUCUUUAAAGAGUUGCAUGACUACCUCAUUGAAAAAGAAAGAUCAUUAACAAAAGAGAUAAUCAAUGAUAAACAAAUAAUUAUCAAUCAAAUCGAAUCAAAUAUCAAUGAAUUGAAACAAAUAUCAAAUAUCUUCAAAAUAAAUAAUAGAAUACAGAAUAUUAAUAAUAAUCAUAUUAAAAGUACAGAUCCACCAAGUAAUCAAGAAGAUACAACAACAAGAUAUUCAACAAGAUCAAUCAUUGAAUCAAUCAAUCAAUGUUCAACAUUAAUAUCAUUCAUUCAAUCGAAUUCAGACACAAUAUUCAAUCAAUACACUUUAGAUAUCAAUCAUGAUAAUCAUUACGAUCUCAAAGAUAUUCUCUCACAACAAUAUAAUAAUGAUACAGAUUCAAUGUUAUUAGAUUCAAUUUAUAAGAUAAAUAACAACAUUAACAACUCAACGAAAUCAAUAAUCAAUUUCAAACAACAAUCAAUCAGUGAUUAUUAUUUUAAAUCACUUUCAAAAGAUAAAUUAGAAAAUGAUUUAUAUAAAUUCUUUAAAUCUUCAAUAGAUCUUCACACUUUACCAUUUGAACAACCACAACUCAUUUUUAAUAACAAAAUAAACAACACCAAACACACCUAUAUCUUUUCAACACAUUCUGAUAAUGGAGCAACACUGUUUGACAUCACCAACAACUCAACAGAACCAAGUGUAAUCCAUAAAAUUAAACACUCUCAUUUCGAUUUUCAAGAUUCACCAGUUAUUCAAGUUGGCGAUACCAUCUAUUCAUUCAAUAUCGAGAAGAGAAUAUAUUUCACAUACUCGAUUACCACAAAACAAAUGAAAAUCAGUGAAAUGGAUUACGAUCAUGAUAUUUCGAAUAUCACUCUAUCCUAUGAUGGUAAAGAUCAUAUCUAUUUAAUGUGUGUCAACAAAUAUAUUAUUGGAUUCAACAUUCAUACUCUCAUGUUCCAAAAUUUCUUCAUUGGUUAUUUAACAAACAAUCUUCAUUGGGAAGAUUAUGAUGAAGGUGUUUUUAUCCCAUCCAUCCUCUCAUUCUGGUACAAAAGUAAACUCUAUACUUUUUCGGAAUCAGAUAACUAUAUGUCAAUUUAUGAUCCAACCAAAGACGAGAUAGAAGACAUCGAUAUGCCUAGUGAGAUGGAAUAUUAUUGUGCAUGCACCGAUGGCAAUGGAAAUGUCUAUUUCUACACAAAUAACAAAACUUUUCAUCGUUUCAAUGUCGACACCUUGAAAAUGGUCGAUCUGAAAUCUAAUCAUCAAUUUCCUAAUUCUUUGUUGUAUCACAAGUUUUCAGAUGAACAAUCAUAUAUUUAUGUUCUUCGUGGAAAUCAAUAUAACAAAGAAAAUCAAAGAUAUUCAAUCGAGAAUGAUCAAUGGGAGAUCAUUUUUACAAACGAUGAUUAUUAUACAUCUAUAGAUUCAUUUUGUUUAUUGUAUUCUUAUUAUUGUUUUAUUGACGAUUGUCAAGCAAGAGAUCUACUAGUAGAUCUUUUGAUCGGUUUGUACGACAAGAAUGGAUCUGAGAUUAUUGCUGGUAGAAGAAGUAAAGAGGUAGAACGUUUUAUUCCAAAAAAAAACGUUACACCUAAGCAAAGACUAGUUCUUCGACGGCGCUGGUUCGAUAUAUAUCCUUCGACCGAACAAACAAAGCGAUACAAUCUCUCUAUCUGUGUUAGUGCUAGUAUAAUCGGUUCCAAUCUAUUAGAGAAAUAA